GCAAACCAGAUUCCACCGAAAAGGCAUGAAAUAACACUUUUUAUUUUCGAUUGCGAUGUUGAGGCGGGUUUUUGAGUUGACCACCUUCAGUUUGAGACCGAAAUCAAUCAGGAGAUUUGUCGCGGCAGAAUAGAAUUAAGUUUUUGACUCAAGAAUAGCUAUGAACUUUGGUGACUUGUCAAGUGCUGAAGGGUUGAGAGGCCUCGACGAGCAUCUCGGCGAGCGCAGCUACGUCGACGGAUUCGAGCCCUCCCAGGCGGACGUUGGCCUUUUUCAAAUGAUAACCUUGUCCAAAGUUCCCCAGUCGUUGCCGCAUUUAAUCCGCUGGUACAAGCACAUUGAAAGUUUCGGCAGUGCCGUCAAGCUUUUUCCACCCUCGGCCUCAGUCAUGACUGGAGGGUGCAAGAAAAACGGUAGUGCUGUUGCUCCACAGGUGGCAUCUGAAGCGCCUUCCGGCAAAAAGGGGAAGGCAAAGGGAACCCCAAACAAGGGAGCUGGAAAUGCCCCUAAAGGAGAAUUGCCUCUCUUUAUCAAUGACCGAUUGGUCAUCUGGGACAAGUUGAAGCAAUCAUAUCUUGAUGAUUUAGCUGCCAAAACUUCUGAAAAAAUUGAAGUUACUCUGCCUGAUGGCAAGAUUGUGCAGGCCGAGUCUUGGCGCACCACACCCUAUGAUGUUGCCAAAGGCAUCAGUCAGGGACUCGCUGACAACACAGUCAUUGCCAAGGUCAAUGGAGUACUUUGGGAUUUGGACAGACCUUUGGAAGAGAGCGCCAAGCUGCAGCUUUUGAAGUUUGAUGACGAAGAAGCUCAGCAAGUUUUUUGGCAUUCAACUGCUCAUAUUCUCGGAGAGGCCAUGGAAAAGGUCUACGGAGGUUUUUUGUGUUACGGACCUCCAAUUGAAAAUGGAUUUUACUACGACAUGUUUGUGGAAGGAAAGCAGGUCAGCCAGUCUGAUUUUAAUACCCUUGAGACGGAAAUGAAGAGCAUUGUGAAAGAAAAGCAAAACUUUGAACGUCUGGAGGUCAGGAAAGAGGUUUUACUGGAUAUGUUCAAAUACAAUCCAUUCAAACUUCGCAUCCUGAACGAAAAGGUCACAACCCCUACCACCACCAUUUACAGGUGUGGGCCCCUCAUUGAUCUGUGCAGAGGUCCUCACGUGAGGCACACUGGAAAGGUCAAGGCUCUCAAGGUCACCAAGAAUUCCGCAUCCUAUUGGGAAGGCAAGGCAGACAAAGAAUCGUUGCAGCGCAUUUAUGGCAUCUCGUUCCCUGAUAACAAACAAUUGAAAGAGUGGGAGAAGUUCCAGGAAGAGGCAGCCAAGAGGGACCAUAGGAAACUCGGAAAGGAACAAGAAUUGUUUUUCUUCCACGAGCUGAGUCCUGGGUCUUGCUUCUUCCUGCCCAAAGGAGCAGUGAUAUACAAUAGGCUGAUCGAGUUCAUCCGUGAAGAGUACUGGAAGAGAGGCUUCAAGGAGGUGGUCUCGCCCAACAUUUACAACUCAAAGCUGUGGCAAACCUCUGGCCAUUGGGCCCACUAUGCUGAGAACAUGUUCAGCUUUGAGGUUGAGAAGGAGACUUACGCCCUAAAGCCCAUGAACUGUCCUGGUCACUGCUUGAUGUUCGACACCCGCCCACGCUCAUGGAGGGAACUCCCCCUGCGGUUUGCAGACUUUGGAGUUUUGCACAGAAAUGAGCUUUCUGGUGCCCUGUCUGGUCUCACUCGUGUCAGACGAUUCCAGCAGGAUGAUGCUCACAUUUUUUGCACUGUGGAACAGAUCAAGGAAGAGAUGUUGGGAGCUCUUGAUUUCCUGAGACACGUUUACACCAUUUUCGGAUUUACCUUCCAACUUCGCCUCUCAACAAGACCAGAAACUUUCCUUGGAGAAAUUUCCGUUUGGGAUGAUGCGGAAAAGCAAUUGGCUGACAGUCUAGACGCUUUUGGUUCGCCGUGGACUUUGAAUCCAGGUGACGGUGCCUUUUACGGACCAAAAAUCGACAUCACCAUCAAUGAUGCCUUGAAGAGGCCCUUCCAGUGCGCCACAAUCCAGUUGGACUUCCAGCUGCCCAUUCGUUUCAACCUGAACUACAUCAAUGAUACUGGUGAAAAGAUUCGUCCUGUGAUCAUUCACCGAGCCAUCCUGGGGUCUGUCGAGCGAAUGAUCGCCAUCCUGACCGAAUCGUGCGCUGGAAAGUGGCCUUUCUGGCUAUCACCCAGGCAGUGCACCGUGGUGCCUGUAGGUCCUCAGUUUGAUUCUUACGCUGAAGAGGUGCGGAAGAUCAUUUACGACGCUGGGUUCAUGUGUGACGCUGACACGGAUGCCGGAGACCUGAUGAACAAGAAAAUCAGAAACGCUCAGCUCGCCCAGUACAACUUCAUUUUAGUGGUUGGUGAGCGGGAAAAGACUGCACGCACCGUCAAUGUCCGCACAAGAGACAACAAAGUGCAUGGCGAGUUUUCCAUAGAUGAAGUCGUCAGCAAAUUCAAGGGCCUCAGAGACUCGCGCACCAAUUGUGAAGACACGUUUUAGUUACAUUUGCACCAUUAUUUAUGAAGGAAAUCCCAGUUGGGCGUCAACCCACGCUUCUCAAAGGCAACCGUUUCGCAUCAUUUUGUCUUUAUUUAAAAAUAAAAAAUUGAAAGCUCUCUCUUGAGAAAAAAA